AUGUCUAUCAACUGGGUGAUGCUGAAUGACCAGGAAGGCUUCGUCCGCCUGCCUAACGAACGCCUGAUAUACUCCUCGCCUCCCCGCACCAGCCUUGCACUGACGCCGCUUCCCAACUACAAGGGGCCCGAGAGCUUAUCAAUCCAGAGCAGCGCUGGCUGUAUCCAUCUCACAAACCAACGACUCGUCUACCUUCCAGCCCAAAAGUCCGACACCCUCCAAUCCUUCUCCUCUCCGCUCCUCCACAUUCGUGACUCUCAUGUCUCCGCGCCUUUCUUCGGUCCUAAUGUCUGGACCGCUCUCGUCCAACCUGUCCCUGGCGGCGGCAUCUCCGCCAACCUACCAGCCGUACAGAUCAAAGUGACUUUCAAGGAGGGAGGGGCCUUUGACUUCCACACCAACUUCGAACGAAUAAAGGAGCGACUAGAGCAAGCUGUCGAGGUUCAGAAUGAUGGUGCCCGUGGCCUACGAAGUGUAGACCUGUCAGCGGUUCAUCUGGAAGAACUGCCUGCCUACGAGGGGCCCGGAAAUUCCAGCCACAGCACUGUUGUCGGCGAAGCGCCCGUGACGCCAGAACAAACUCGAACGACAUCUGAAGCGGGCCCGGAGCCCGCUGAACCUCCGCCUUGCUACGAGGAGGUCCAGAGCCAAAGUGUGGCUACUGAGCUGGAGGAACGGCUGCGCCGGGCGAGUUGA